AUCAGUAACCCAAUCGAUUCAGACUCCCAAAAACAAAUUCAAAUGAAAUGCCCUUCACCCAUCUCCUACAAUCGCUGCAGCACCGAAGACCUAACCUUCGCCACUCUCCGCCGUCCAAUUAACGUGGGUACCUAAUAAACCCUGACCUCCAAUGAGACAUUUGGAAUCACCUCUUCUCCUCUCGUCUCCAUAUUACUCCCUCAAAUUCCUCUCUCCUUUUAACGGAACCUCUGUGUUCUCAUCCUUCAAUUCAAAGCACUACAGAUGAGACUGUUUUUGACGAUUUUGGUUUCAAAUCUUUGUAUAUAGCUGAUUCGCCUAAGCUCGUUCAUCUUUACGAGGCGAGUAGGAGGCCAUACAGCUUCUUGGUUGCUGUUUUAUUGCCUGGAAAUUGCUUAAAUGGCUCAACAAGUUGUAAAUCCUGAGGAGCAGGUUGUUCUUGGAGAAGAAAUAAGCCAUGUGAGGCUCAUCACAUUGAACCGUCCACGUCAACUGAAUGUUAUUUCAUCCAAAGUGGUUUCUCUGUUGGCGGAUUUUCUUGAGAAAUGGGAGAAAGAUGAAAAUGCUGAGCUUAUUUUAAUCAAGGGUGCUGGAAGAUCAUUUUCUGCUGGUGGGGAUCUAAAAAUGUUUUAUGAUGGCAGGACAUCAAAUGAUUCUUGCCUUGAAGUGGUCUAUAGAAUGUACUGGCUUUGUUAUCACAUCCACACGUAUAAGAAAACCCAGGUUGCUCUUGUCCAUGGAAUCUCAAUGGGAGGUGGUGCAUCUUUGAUGGUCCCAAUGAAGUUUUCAGUUGUCACAGAGAAAACUAUUUUUGCAACUCCAGAAGCAAGUAUUGGAUUCCACACUGAUUGUAGUUUUUCAUACAUCCUUUCCCGCCUCCCUGAACAUUUAGGGGAAUUCCUAGCUUUAACUGGAGCAAGGCUGAAUGGCAAAGAGUUAGUCGCCACCAGACUUGCAACCCACUUCGUCCCUUCUGAGAAAAUGCCUGAGCUAGAGAAACGUCUGAUAAGCUUGAACUCUGGUGAUGAGAGAGCUGUCAAAUCUGCUAUUGAAGAAUUCUCCAUAGAGGUUGCGCUUGAUGAAGAUAGUAUUUUAAACAAGCUGUCAAUUGUUAACGAGUGUUUUUCCAAGCCUACUGUGGUAGAUAUCAUCGAAUCAUUUGAAACUGAGGCGAGUAAAGAAGGAAAUGGAUGGAUAGGACCAAUACUGAAAGGGCUGAAAAGAUCUUCCCCUACAGGAUUGAAAAUCACGCUCAGAUCGAUUCGUGAAGGACGGAAACAAACCCUGGCUGAAUGUCUUAGGAGAGAAUUCAGACUAACAAUGAACAUACUCCGGACAACAAUAUCUGCAGAUGUCUAUGAGGGUAUUAGGGCUCUCACCAUUGACAAGGAUAAUGCUCCUAAGUGGGAGCCGCCUACUUGUAAUGAAGUGGAUGAUCAAAAACUGGACCUGGUAUUUCAGCCAUUCAAAGAGGAUUUGGAGCUCCAAAUUCCAGAAAAAGAAGAGUGCAGGUGGGAUGGCAAAUAUGAGAAUUCAACUUAUGCAAUGUCGAAGGUGACAAAAUAAAUUAGCAAAAUAAUUUCUCAAUUCUACGAGCAUAAUAGAGAAAUAAUAGAGAGGCUUGAGCAUUUCACUUUAAGGAUAUCUAUUUUGUAUGUUGUGCUUCAAGUUUGUUUCUUGUAAUAAAACUCCAACUUUUGAAAAUACAACUUUGGUAUAAUAUUUCAUUUUGGUAUGUCA